UUAGUGUGGGAAAUGUGUGGGAGAAGCUGAGUGAUGUGAGGAGUUGGUGAAGAUCGAGCUGUCAGACAGUGGAGAAAAGCUCGUGGCUGGGAGAGGAGCGUGCAAUGCCUUGUCAGUCUUGUCAUAGUCGUCGACCAUGACACGUUGGUGCGUUACGCACGAGGGAUGUCAACAAUUUAGAAAUCGAAAUGUGCACCAAAUCAGAGAGGGUGUAAUGCUCCUUUAGUGUGCACCGUAUUGCUUAAUUCUUGUCAUAUUUGGAUACAAAUACACACCAACAAGUGGAAUUGGUUAGGAGCCAGCAUCGACCCCUUUGCAGCCAUUUUCAGUGAUGGAGGAGCAAAGGGAUCUACACAGCCCGGAGUUGAGUGAAGGGGAGAGCGUUUCUCCUUCUCCCAGUCUGCCUUCGCCGCCCAUGCUGCCUCUCCAAGCAGCGCAGCAGGCGCACAGAACCACCAACUUUUUUAUUGACAAUAUUCUGCGGCCAGAUUUCGGCUGCAGGAAGGAGCAGAGCUUAGCUGCGAGGGAGCGGGCGCAGACUUCCAGCCUAGAGCGCGCCCACCCUUUGGGCGCCAGGCCGACUCAUCCUGGAACGCCAUGCCAGGACUCCAAUUGCAGCAGCGACAGCACUUCUUCCUCCACCUCGUCCUUGGCCUUGUCUCCAACCCCCAAAAAGAGCCACUCGUCCUCGAAGGCCGACGAGAGCUCCGGAGGCAGCACGCCCAAGUUCGGCGAGAACACUUCUCCUGUUAUGGUUGUGAACGGCGUUAGUGGCGGCGCAGCGUCCUCCCCUGAAUCCCAGCCGCUACUGUGGCCUGCCUGGGUGUAUUGCACUAGAUACUCGGACAGACCCUCAUCUGUAGGCCCAAGGACACGGAAAUUGAAAAAGACGAAAAACGAAAAGGAAGACAAGCGACCCAGAACGGCGUUCACGGCUGAGCAGCUCCAAAGACUGAAGACGGAGUUUCAGGCCAACCGUUACAUUACGGAGCAAAGGAGACAGUCUCUAGCCCAGGAGCUCAACCUCAAUGAGUCACAAAUCAAAAUCUGGUUCCAGAACAAACGGGCCAAAAUCAAAAAAGCUAACGGUUAUAAGAACGGCCUUGCUCUCCAGCUCAUGGCGCAAGGAUUGUACAACCAUUCCACCACAACCAUUCAGGAAGACAAGGAGGAGAGUGACUGAGACUUCGCUUGCCCCAAAUGUGCUACAAACUCGGAAAACUAUGGUGCAGGAGUCACCUUUUGGGGACGAAAUAUUUGUGGAUAGUCAAGGCUAGUGUAAAAUAUGUUCCAUUUCUUGAUAGGUUUUGUAUGAACAUAAACGAUAAAAAUAUGCAUACAAACUACAAACAUGAUGGAAAAUGAAUAGCCAAAAAUGUGACUCUGUAUAUAUAAUUUAAGGCGAAGGGGAUAUGCUACAGUACUACUCACCCUGCACUUGGAUAAUGAUAUGAUUGUUAUCUUUGUCGCUUUAGGCCUAAUGUUUUGUGAUCUCUCUCUUAUCAAACCUCGAUGAAUUUACAGACUGCGUGAUCUGCCACUUCAAGCCAAAGAUUUUAUCGAAAAAACCUGCCUAAAAAAAAAAAAAAACUAUGAAUCUCUCUCUUAUAGACUAUACUUUCUUCCUGAACUGCGAGUCCCUAACAAUCAGUAGGCCACUGUUUUUCAUUAGUUGCCUGCCGCUUGAUGUAAGCCUCAAACUACGUUUGGGCCGGAAAGAUUGGUCUAUAUGACUAAUCUCGUGUUGGAUUCACGAUAUCUUGGAAUACUACAAAUAAAUAUAUGUUAUCUCCCUCGAUGGUUAGAGGGAAUAUAUUAUCUAAGGCUACAUCUAAACCAUGUUUCCAAAUUAACAUUUUUAUAUGGGAAAAAGGCAACACUACUCUUUUUUUGUAUUGUGCACUACUCUGUGCAAUAGAUUCAAGGAUUCAAAUAAUAAAUCGUAGUGUCUAUGGA